CGUUACAACUAUGCAAACAAGCAGUCAGUACUAUGACCAGUUUUCAUCAAAUGUAGCAGAAAACAGAACACAUGAAGGUUAUUUAUAUAAAAGAGGUGCACUUCUAAAAGGAUGGAAGCAACGCUGGUUUGUUUUGGAUUCAAUUAAACAUCAGUUGCGGUAUUACGAUGCCAUGGAAGACUCUCAUUGUAAGGGUUAUAUUGAUUUGGCAGAAGUCAUAUCUGUAAGUCCAACAAUGUCUGUGCAAGGAGCUCCAAAAAAAACUGAAGAGAAAUCAUUUUUUGAUUUGCGCACAAUUAGGAGAAUAUACAACUUCAUGGCGGCAGACUCUCAAACUGCUCAAGAGUGGAUCGAGAAAAUUCAAGCUUGUCUUCAGUAAUGAUAAUGUAUAUUCUUCAAGAACUGCCAUAUAUUCUCCCUGGGGAGACUGUAAAAUUGUGUAUAGUCCUUUGUUAUUGUCAUCCGGCUUUUAUGGAAAUAUUUCUGUAUAUAUAUACAUAUAU